CCCGUGGCGGGAAAUAUUCGCGGAAUAAAAUCAAGCAACAUCUUCAACAUGGAGGAUGAGACAAAAGGAAGCGAACAACAAGCGAAUAUUUCACAAGAAGGAAAUGAAGAGAGAGUUAAUAUUUUUAAAUCUACCAAAUUUCCACAAACUAGAGUUCGUAAUAUGAUGAAAAUGGAUGGUGAUCUACAUUUAGCUAGUCAAGAAUCGGUGUUUCUCGUAUGCAAAGCUGUGGAAUUGUUUGUUGAACACUUGGCAAAGGAGGCAUAUGAAAGAACUGCACAAGGAAAAAGAAAAACAAUACAAAAGAAAGAUCUUGAUAGUUGUGUAGAUGAAAAUGAUGAACUAGCAUUUUUACAAGGAGUGUUAGAGUGAUAAUUGCAGGAAAACACCAAAGCUCUCAAGAGAGAAUCCAAGAGUACUGCGUAGUACCUAUUUGUUACUGUAGUCUGUCAUCCUAAUGUUUAUUAUAGUCACUGUUUAACCUUUCAAGCAGCAACUGAACUUUGAAUUUUGAAAAAAAAACGUUUGCAUUUCUGAGAACAACUAUAUAUGAAGAAAUUAGAAUUCAAAACCUAAUCAAGAUGGCUUAUUUGGAUCAUGCAAGAAAUUUUUGUAUCAUACUUGUAUCAUACUAGGUAAAGCCUUCACAGAGUGCAACAAAAACGGGAAUAGAUAUAAUUACGACACUCCACAUUCCAAAUUGCUGGUUAAUGCAGCGUUAGACUAGGCAAUGCAAUUCUACACAAUCAAAAUUUUUCAUGGGUAGAUCCUACAUACAGUAAAUCAUAGAGAAAUUCAUGACAAGUGACAGGGGAAAAAUGUAAAUACAGUUUUAUAGUUUUCCCAUAUUCACAUACAGUAUGUAAGUGCAGUUGUACCAAUUGAAAAAU